ACCUUGUUGAAAAAUGAAAAUAGAAUAUUACUUUUUCAAAAAAAAAAAAAAAAAAAAUCUAGCAGGUAAAUGUUGGCGACAAGAAUCCGUCCACCGGCUCAGAACAGCCGUUUCUGCUCAGUCCUCAAAAGGCCAUUAUCGUUUUUUCCCCAAGCCCUAAAAAUGGCGGAGAUUCGCGCCAACUCCAAGAGACCCACUUGCCCAACGUGCGCCAAACCGGCAUGGCUCUGCCUCUGCGCUCGGAUCAAGACCAGAGAGCUCGACAACUCUGUAAGUGUCACCAUUCUUCAACACAGUCUAGAGGAAAAACACCCUCUUAAUUCCGCUAGGAUUGCGAGAUUAGGGCUAAAAAACGUCAAUUUGGCAACUGUUUCUGACGUGAAUUUCGAAGCCCAGUUCGUUAUCCGAUUGAUGGAGCGUAAUUCUGAAAUGGGUUCUUUUUGUGGUUCAAAAGAGAAUGAGUUUGACGAAGUUUUUGAAGAUGUGGGUGAUUUAGCACACCAGGUGUUUGCAAAAUGCCUGAAAGAGAAGAGCUUUGAUUUUAUUGGUGCUAAUGGGAAAAGUGGUUUAGAGAGUGAUAUCCGUGAUUCUAAGAAUACAAAAAAUCAUGUUGAAAGUUUGUAUUUCGAGAAAAAAUCGGGCUUGGGAAGAAUUCAAGAGGGUGUUGGUGCAAAGGAUGAUUUUGGUUUUGAGACUUCUGAUAAGCAACCAGUUAAACAACCUGAUGAAGAAAAGAUUACUAAUUUGGUUUAUGAUGAAGGACCCGUGAUCACUGCUACAAUUGGCAAAAAAGGUGUAGUUAGCUGUCUUUCUCACAUUUGGAUGCUGCAAAACCAUCACGGGAAGUCGAAUUUUGAUGAAAUUUUAGAAUCUCAAGCUGCCCGAGAUGCUUUGGCGAAAGGAUAUGUUGUGCAAAAGUUGCAAAAGCGGCAACGGGAAGGGAGCUUAGAGUUGGAAGAGUACAUGGAAUUUGAGAUUGCGGUUCCUCCUGGCUCCAUACUCUUGUUUCCAAGCAAACAAGCGGUUGGUGUUGACAGACUCAAAGCUAUUGCUCUCGACGUGACGAAUUUGAUUGUUCUGGAUGGAACGUGGGCAAAGGCGAAGAGAAUGUAUGCCGAAAACCCGUGGUUGAAACUUUUGCCACACUUGAAGUUAGAACUAGACAAGGUGAGCUUGUAUAGCGGAGUGAGGAUGCAGCCAAAAGCUGGAUGUUUGUCCAGCAUUGAGAGCAUUGUAUAUGCACUUAAGGAAUUAGGGGACGAGAAUCAUGAGGGCUUGGAUGAUCUCUUGGAUGUUUUCGAGUCCAUGGUUGGUGACCAGAAGAGAUGUAAAGAGAGGAGGUUAAGCAAUGCCUCUUAGUUUUGAACAAUGCUACCACCCACUAAUAGCAGGUUUCACGGGGCCCCACAAGUGGGGCUUACCUUCUAUUAGUGAUGAGUUUAAUGCUAGCUGUGCCCCAUCGUUUCAUAGUAUGAUUUGAUUUGGAGGCUGAAGAUGAUGAACCGGACCGUUCGAAAGAUACCGAUGCGACACCGAUGCGACGAGUGAAUUUGAUUGGGAGACUACUCAUAGCCAACUAGUUAAUCAAUUUGAUGAAGAAAAGCUUCCUAAUUUUGAUUGUGAUGGUUAAAGAUGUUCAAAAGAGGUGGUGAAGGACUUGUGACCAUACCAAGUAGCCAAAUUUCGCCCCCACCCUUGACACGACGAGAUCCCCUUCGCCGUUCGCCUCCUCGCCAUGUGUGAUUGAGUCACCCUCAUACAGCUUGCACGCUUGCAAUUUACCAUAAGAUCUUCUUCAAUAAGUGAAUAUUUUAGGGGUUUUCUGUUCCCAAUUCUCCUUCAGUUCACUCUAGCUUCAACCA